UACUGAACAAGCAGCGAUGGAGAAAAGCUAGGAAGGCUAUUUCGGUUCAUUUCACUGAUUCUCAGCAGGUGUCAAAACUCACAUAGCUCACUAUUAAAGUCUCUUCCUGGAUUCUGCACCAUCACUUGGCUCUAUGUUGUCGAGGAAGGGGACGUGCCCUGGCAGUGGCUUCCUCUCUACCCAGAGUGCUUGUGUAAUGGCAGCAGUUUGGCAGCAGGUUUUGGCAGUGGACGCAAGGUACAAUGCUUACCGCACGCCUACCUUCCCACAGUUCCGAACUCAGUACAUCCGCCGACGCAGCCAGCUGCUCAGAGAGAACGCCAAGUGUGGCUUUGAGCCGGGGCUGCGCAGGCAGUACCUGAGGCUGCGCAGUCAGCUGCUGGCCCUGCGCUACGGGCCCCUGUCCGAGCAGAGCAGCUUCAGGGCCAGCAGUGUGCGCAGCUCCCGCACCACACUGGACCGCAUGGAGGACUUCGAGGAGGACCCCCGCGCCCAAGGGGCUCGUGGCCACCGCCGGUCCGUCAGCAGAGGCUCCUAUCAGCUACAGGCCCAGAUGAACAGAGCCGUCUAUGAUGAGAGGCCUCCGGGCAGUUUGGUGCCCACCUCAGUGGCAGAGGCCAGUCGUGCCAUGGCCGGGGACACAACUUUGAGUGAAAAUUAUGCUUUUGCUGGCAUGCAUCACAUAUUUGACCAACAUGUAGACUCUGCUGUUCCGCGGUUGCAGUUUGCCAAUGAUGACAAGCACCUCCUUGCUUGCUGCUCACUGGAUGGCACCUUGUCUAUCAUGACAUUGUCCCCGCCUCCUGCCAGCGUGAAGGUGACGCUGAAAGGUCACGGAGGUCCCGUCACAGACUUUGCUUGGUCCCUCAGUAAUGACAUCAUUGUGUCGACAUCACUAGAUGGGACUCUGCGUAUCUGGAACACUGAAGAUGGUCGCUGCAUCCGAGAGGUCAGAGACCCCGAAUCCAGCGAGCUGCUCUGCUGCACCUUCCAGCCCAUGAAUAACAACCUUACUGUGGUGGGGAACAGCAAGCACCAUCUGCAGGUGGUGAACAUCUCCACUGGGAAGAAGGUGAAGGGGGGCUCCAGUAAGCUGACAGGCCGUGUGCUGUCUCUCUCGUUUGAUGCUCCGGGGAAGAUCCUUUGGGCUGGUGAUGACAGGGGGAGCAUUUUCUCAUUCCUCUUUGACAUGGCCACAGGGAAGCUGACCAAAGCCAAGCGUCUGGUGGUGAGUGAAGGCAGCUCCAUCUGCAGCAUAUCUGCUCGGUCCUGGAUUAGCCGAGAGGCCAGAGACCCCUCCCUGCUGGUUAACGCCUGUGUCAAUAAGCUUCUGCUGUACAGGGUGGUAGACAAUGAAGGAACAUUACAGCUGAAGAGGAGUUUCCCCAUCCAGCACGGUUCCCAGCUCGUUCAUAGCAUCUUCUGCCCCCUCAUGUCUUUCAGACAGGGGGCCUGUGUUGUGACUGGCAGCGAGGACGCCUGUGUCUACUUCUUCGACGUUGAACGCAACACCAAGGCGAUAGUGAACAAGUUACAGGGUCACGGGGGACCGGUGCUGGACGUCAGCUUCAACUGUGACGAGAGUUUACUGGCCUCCGCUGAUUCCACCGGCAUGGUCAUCAUCUGGAGACGGGAGCAAAAGUGACUGGUCCACCAAUGAAAUGCUUCCAUCCGCUGCGUACAAAAGGCCUGCCGCUCCUUAACCGUCCAAUAACAAAAGUCUGUAGAUUUUCACCAGGAUAUAACAGGCUGCAUUAAACGUUUAAUGUAAUGAUACUGAAGUGCAAUCAGAACACCAUGUUGUGUAGGUGGCUGGGAUUUCUUAGAGAUUCAAUGGGUGGGGGGGCGGGUUGUGUGUGUGUGCGUGCGUGCGUGUGUGUGUAUCAGUACUCCUACAGCUCCAGCUGAGGAAAUAGCUUUUCAAACACAAAAAGAGAGCACUACUCCCAUGCAUGUGUCAUGGCUUACCUACUUGUAGGGGUAUGACUGAAUUCAUGUGAAGAUGAUACGACUCAAUCAACCAGAGAAACCAGUUCCAUCACUUUGUAUCAUGCUGACAGUCCCUCUGGCAUAGAUCUAGUUCACUAUUUAUGUAACUGUUAUUCAAGCAGCGUAAUCAAGUGUAGUAAAACUGCCUUAUUUUUUUUUCAGUUCUGUAAUUGCCUGUUUUUAAUUUAAGACCAUGUGCAUGACAUUAAACACAGAAUCGGUCAAUAGGCAUAUCAAACUGAUCGUCGCAAAAGAUAAACAAGUGUGUUUUUAAGUAUGUUUGUACUUAUUUGUAUGUAUGUGUGUGUAUUCAGUUCAUGCUGGUUGCUGAUUCAUAUAAUUUAUUUAACGCACAUGUAUACAGAAUAAAACUACUGUAACUGUCA